AUGGAUGGAGGCCGACCAUCGCAAAAGGCGCGAGUGGAGGAUGUACCAGAGGACGAGGAAGAUGCACGUCGGUACGUCGAGUGCUACCCCGGGGUGGUCGCAACAAUCAUUCGGGAAGAUAACACCCUCUUCGAGAAAUGGUGCGCGAUGCGUGCUGAAGCUGGGGUUGACGAGUGGGCGCCGUUCAAGGACGAGGAAGAAUGGGAGUUGUUCCGGUGGCUGAUUAAGCACGUUGGUCAGACCAAAAUUGAUGAGUUUCUCAAGCUGUCAAUUAUACGAAGAAACUGUGGCUUAUCAGCUGACAGCAAGUACAAGUUCUUUCAACAAAUUGACGACCUACCUACUGGCGCCCCGUGGCACUGCGACACAAUCUCUGUUCAGGGCGAUCGUAAGGGCGAGGACGGAAACUUCAUGCAGGAACAGCUCGAGCUGUGGCGCCGCGAUCCUGUGGAAUGUGUAGAGGAGCUGAUCGGAAAUCCUACAUUUGACGGAAAUAUUGCCUAUGGACCGGAGAGAGUCUAUACAGAGGAGGCGGCUACCAUACGGCGGUAUGAUGAGAUGUGGACAGGCGAUUGGUGGUGGAAUAUGCAGGGAAAGCUGCCGGAGGGCGCGACCAUCGCACCUGUGAUCCUUGCGUCUGAUGCCACAAAGCUCACCAACUUCGGUGGUGAUAAGAAAGCGUGGCCCGUGUACCUGUCCAUUGGGAACAUCUCGAAGUCUGUACGCCGUCAGCCUUCGCAGCGCGCAACGGUCCUCGUGGGUUACAUACCAGUCUCGAAGCUCGAAUGCUUCCAUGAUUCCACUCGCAGCCUUGCUGGCUAUCGGCUCUUCCACCAUUCCAUGUCGCUUAUCUUGAAGCCCCUGCGCGAACCUGGCCGUAAUGGGAAGGAGAUGACGUGCGCAGACCGCGGCGUUCGGAACGUCCAUCCGAUUGUCGCUGCAUACGUCGCGGAUUACCCUGAACAAUGCCUUGUCUGUUGCUGCAAGGAAAACAGCUGCCCUCGCUGCACGGUACCCCCUCCCCGACGCGGUGAGCAACUCAAUAGUGAUCCACGCGAUGUAGAGAAGACGAAGGAAGCACUGCACGAGCACAGGAAUGGAAACGACCCACCCUGUUUUACUUCUGAACAGCUGCGACCCGUCUACGAGCCCUUCUGGGCGGACCUCCCUCAUUGCGACAUCUUCUCAUCAAUUAUGCCUGACGUCUUGCAUCAGCUCCAUAAGGGAGUAUUCAAGGAACACCUACUGUCAUGGUGUACAUCGAUUGUGGGCAAAGACGAGAUCGACCGCCGCUUCCGCGCGAUGACCGACUUCCCAGGUCUUCGGCACUUCCGUAACGGCAUCUCGCACGUCUCGCAGUGGACGGGCAAGGAACACAAGGAAAUGCAGCGGAUAUUUGUGGCGCUGCUAGCUGGUGCCGUCCCUCUGGAGGUCUUGGAGGUGGCGCGCGCACUCGUGGACUUCAUCUACUUCGCACAACUUCAGUCUCAUGAUGAUACAUCGCUCACUCACCUGCAGUCGGCUCUCGACACGUUCCAUCGCCACAAGGACGUCUUCGUCAGGCUUGGAAUUCGCGAACACUUCAAUAUACCGAAGAUACACUCGCUCCUCCACUACGUCGAGGCGAUCCGUUCCCGUGGUUCUUGCGACGGCUACAACACUGAGCUUCCCGAGCGCUUGCACAUCGAGCUAGCAAAGAACGCUUACCGUGCAAGCAACCAUCGCGACUAUACGGAGCAGAUGGUAACAUGGCUUGCGCGCCAGGAAGCGGUUGACCUACACGCCGCGUACAUCGCGUGGUUUCAAGGCCUUCGUGCGGAAGAAACGGUGGAUGAGAUAGAGGAAACAGCCUCGGAGUCGGAAGACGAACCUGAUGAGGAUGUCGCCGCUCCGCUGCUCCCGGAUGACGACCAAGAGGAAGACGGGCACACGUACGCAAUUGCAAAGCACUGCCCUCUUCCCAAUCUAUCCCUCCGCUGUCUGCUCGCUGACCACAGCGCGAGCGAGUUCCUACCCGCUUUGACCGAGUUUGUCCGCACCGAGCUACCCUAUUGCGAUUUACGGCCGAACCACAUGGACCGCUAUGAUGUCUACAAGAACAUAUCGGUCAGUUAUCCAGGCGAUCCUCACGGCGACGUACCAAAGCGUACCGACCGCAUCCGGGCAGUCGCGGCCAAGGCAGGGAGAGGUCGAAAGCAGGCCACGGCUGCGCACUUCGACACCGCAUUUGUUGUUGAUCCGGAUGUUGCUAUUGAUGAAGACCAGAGCCCACGCUCUGUCAUCGGUGAGUACAGUUGGACAGCGAUAGCACGUGUGCGCAUCAUCUUCGAUCUUCCUGCGCUAUUUGGCUCAUGGCCUCACCCCCUCGCAUAUGUCGAAUGGUACACACCAUUGCGUCGCAAGGAUCCAGGGACCGGUCUCUACUUGGUCUCCCGCUCGACACGCAAUGGCAAGCCGAAUGCUAGCGUCAUCAGCGUUGACCGGAUCCGCCGCGCGGCACAUUUGGUUCCAAAAUAUGGCAGAGAGAUAAGCAGUAAUAUCACGAAGGAUAAUGCGCUCGAUGUUGCAAUGGAGUUCCGGGUCAACACGUACAUUGCAAUUGACCUCCGUACGGCCAAAUCUGGGUGA